CUUUCUCUGUAACAGCGUCUUGCGACAGAUCUCUAGUCUCUCUCUCUCUCUCUCUCGUCUGGGAUGAGCAGUGGAACGAGGAGGAUGAAGACGAAGAAUAAGAAGAAGGAAGGUUUGGGGUGGAUGGAGUGGAUCAGAGGAUGGGCUUGCGUGUUCCACGAGUUCCUCUUCCAGAGAUUCAUGUCUUCUCAUUUGCCCAAUCCACUUCCUCUCCCUCCUCUCAGUCACUUAACCUGCAUCGUCACCGGCUCCACCAGCGGCAUUGGUCGCGAAACCGCUAGGCAGCUUGCAGAAGCUGGUGCUCAUGUUGUAAUGGCGGUUAGGAACACAAAGGCAGCUCAUGAUCUGAUUCAACAGUGGCAGAGAGAUUGGUCUGCUAAAGGACUCCCACUUAAUAUCGAGGCGAUGGAACUUGAUCUACUCUCUUUGGACUCUGUUGUCAACUUUAGCAAUGCCUGGAACGCUCGUUUAGCUCCUUUGCAUGUUCUCAUUAACAAUGCCGGCAUCUUUGCUAUGGGAGAGGAACAGAAGUUCUCAAAGGAUGGAUAUGAACACCACAUGCAAGUCAACCAUUUAGCUCCAGCGUUGCUUUCUCUCCUCCUUUUGCCCUCCCUUAACCGUGCCUCGCCGAGCCGAAUCAUUAAUGUCAACUCUGUUAUGCACUAUGUGGGUUUUGUUGACCCGGAUGACAUGAAUGUGGUAUCUGGUAGACGAAAGUUUUCAAGCCUUGUAGGAUAUUCAGGCAGCAAGCUUGCACAGGUUAUGUUUAGCAAUGUUCUAUUCAAAAGGCUGCCUCUGGAAUCUCGCAUAAGCGUUGUUUGUUUGUCCCCAGGGAUUGUUCUAACAAAUGUGGCGAGGGACCUGCCGAGAUCUGUUCAAGUUCAAUACGCGUUGAUACCGUAUUUCAUCUUUUCGCCUCAAAAAGGUUGUAGAAGCUCACUUUUCUCAGCGACGGAUGCUCAGAUUCCAGAGCACUGUGAAAAGCUAAAGACCGGUGAUAAGCCCAUAUGUACAUUCAUAUCUCAAGACUGCAAACACACAAAGCCUUCAGAAGAAGCUCAGAGCUUAGAAACAGCAAAUAGAGUGUGGGAAAAGACGGUAGAGAUGAUUGGUCUUCCUCUUGAUGCGUUGGAGAGGCUUAUACAAGGACAAGAGGUGCAAUGCCGUUAUGGAACUCAUCAAGAAUAAGUCCUUCACGCAAGUCUUGUACAAUGUGAUAGCUUAUUUACACAUGUUAGAUGUUUCUAGAACUUGACCUCUCCAUUAAACACAUUCUAAAAGAUGAAGGAUCAGUCUCAGGGAAUAGCUUUUCGUAUUUAUUACAUUUUCAUUAUAAUUC